UCAUAGUGUCCAUGGCAGUACAGUGUAUGCUGGGAUAGAUACAGCCAGUGGAGAGUUAGUAGCUAUAUCAGAAUGGGUUUUAAAGUGGCGCCAUAUAAAACAGAAGAGAACUCAAAGAGUUGAUUAUGAAGAUAAGGAGGGUGCUACUUAUUUAAAACAGAUUACAAGCAUUGAACAAGAAAUACACAGCUUGAUUCGAUUACGACAUAAAAAUCUUAUUCACUACUUAGCUAUAAAGUAUAUACAGGAAGCUGGGAAAUGUACAGUUUAUUGCUAUCGUAUCCUGUAAGAUAAAAUGCCGUUGAAAGCAGUAAUAUGCGAGUAUAAUAAGAGUCCGUGCUAUUUAUGAAAUGGCAGACGACUCUCUUCUUCAGCGACAAGAAGAGGAAUGGCAAGUUUUGCAAGCGGUUUACAUGGACGAUGUUGUCGAUCUUAGAAAGAAGGUCGCAUGGAAGGUUGAGAGACCUUUGCAUAUAUGUUUGGUAUUGAAACAGCAGCAGUCUGAAAGUGUAGCUGGGACGACUGACAGUGAUAGCAUGAUCCAUAUGGUUAUUAAAUGUCCAAAUAAAUAUCCUGAUUUGGUACCAGAAAUAAGUCUAGAAAAUGCCAAAGGACUGUCUAAUGAACAAAUUGCAGUGUUGAAUACAGAACUUAUAGAACUAGCCAAAUCAAUGGUUGGAGAGGUUAUGGUUCUAGAACUAGCUCAACAUGUACAGACAUUUCUUCGUGAUAACUACAAAGGUCCACAGAAAUCUUUUUAUGAAGAAAUGUUGAGUAACCAAUUAAAACAACAAGAAAAACAAAAACUAGAACAACAGAAAAGACUUGAUUUCCUGAAAAGAAAAGAAGAAAAAGAGAGACAGCUUCUAGAGGAUGAAAUUCAGAAGAGACAACAUGCUCUGAAAGAAGAAACAAGAAAAAUAAAGGAGACCAAACAGAUAUCUGACGAGAACCCAACAGAACAAGAGAAAGCUGUACCAGCCACUCCUAUUACAGAAGUACCAACAUGUUCCCCAAUUGGUACCCCAAGUACCCCUAGAAGACCAAGAAUGUCUCAUUCACCCUCCCCCUUAAUUGUCCUCCCAAAUAAUGAGAAUAAAUAUAACCAGGAUAAGAGAAGAAGACUAGGAAAAUAUAGCUGCUUCACAUACAUGACGAUGAUGAGGACCAGUACCCCAUUAAGAGAUACUGAUGAUUCUGAUCACCAAUGUAAAGAUCAUACUGGAGGGAUAGUGGUUAUAGCCUUCAAUACUAAAUCAGAGAGAACAAUACAUAGAGGCACAUGUUUAGGUCAUAGUGUCCAUGGCAGUACAGUGUAUGCUGGGAUAGAUACAGCCAGUGGAGAAUUAGUAGCUAUAUCAGAAUGGGUUUUAAAGUGGCGCCAUAUAAAACAGAAAAGAACUCAAAGAGUUGAUUAUGAAGACAAGGAGGGUGCUACUUACUUAAAACAGAUUACAAGCAUUGAACAAGAAAUACACAGCUUGAUUCGAUUACGACAUAAAAAUCUAAUUCACUACUUGGCAAUAAAGUAUAUACAGGAGGCUGGGAAAUGUACAGUUUAUAUUUUAAUGGAUUACUCUGGAGGUGCGAGUCUCAACAUACAUAUAACAGAAUCACGUCCAUUGUCAGUAGAUAUCAUCAAGGCUUAGAAGAGAUUUUGUAUGCAUUAGAUAUUUACACAAAAAAGAUGUGGUACAUAAGUACCUAAGGCACCAGGAGGUCAUGGAUAUAGUCCAGAGAGUAUGGGUUGGGAUAGCCAGGCCAUGGCACAUAUGAGUCCUCACAUGUUUCAAGGAAGACAUGGUAGUGAAAUGUACGAUCAAAUGAAGGGAUAUUCUCAUAUGGAAGGACAAAGAUACGAUAUGCUUGGAGUUCAGGGUAUGCAUAGUAGUGACAUGUUCGGAAGUACUGCUGUCACUGGCAGUAGUUCAUACUCUCAGAUGUCACAGUUACGACCACCAGUUCAUUCGCAAGCAAUGCUAAUACCAGGGCAUCCGCAUCAUAUGAUGAUGGGACACGGAGCCCACGGCAUGAGUCCCAUGUCGAUGGGAUCUGCUCAAAGUCCUCCAUUACAUGGCAGCUUGGACAGUAUGGGUGCACACAUUCAGGAUAUUCAUGCUGGAUAAAAAAAUCAGGAGUAAAAACAUUGUGCUUUAAAAAGAACAAGGACAUUUGGCUUGGCCUGCUAACAUACAAUUAAGCCAAGGAAUAAAGCGUGACUAAAAAGUAUUUGUGGGUACGGUAGUUUAAAACUACGGCCUAUUUUAUUAUACAAUCACGGUGAUCUCUCAAUCAUUUAGCAGUCACUCAUUGUGUGGAAUCUAAUUCCUAACGGUUGCAGGCUAGCCAAGGGAAGUAACUGGUGUGCUAGUCAUUCUACAGAGUAAGGGAGUCGACAACUGACUGCAGUUUUAAAACUAGUCUUCACAACUUGUUAUAAUGGGAUAUGGGGAAAACUACGCAAAAGUAUUAUUAAAAAAAAAACGCAGUUCAUGUUGACAAUGAGUUGCCAAGUAUUAUAUAUGUAUUUUGUUGUCUCUGGACAAGAAACACGUCUUGGUCACAUAUGUGCCGCAUACCUCAUGAUGAUCAAAAUAAAUGUACAUUUGAAUGGCCAUGACUUUGUAAAGCAUUCCACGUCAAAGUAUAUUCUGUCAAACAUCAACUCUUCAGUUGAAGGAAUAUGUUUUUUGUGCCAUGGAAUAUUUGAAUUUUUUGUCACAUGACAUUGUUAAACCAAUCAGAAGAGUUGCCCUGUAGUGGGGUGACCAAUUAAAUUAAAGCUUUAAGAUUUACCUCAUUAUUAUUCCUUUGUAAUUAUAGCCAGUUCCAUUGUGUUGGAAGUGGACAUUUUAUUUAAUGGUGCAUGUUAAAAAAAGUAUUUGGUGCAAAUUAUUUGUAUAGUAAAAAUGUUUGUUGAAUGUAUGUUAUAUAUGUUAUUGUGUAUGAAAGUGAAAAAUCAUUAUUUGGAGAGUUUUUUCUUUGUGUGACAUUUUUAUACUUUCUGGCCAGGCUGUUUAGAUCUACUUGCAGUUUAAUUUGUAAAUGUUUUGUUGUUUUUGUUGAAGUUUGUUUGAAUAUUUUUUUUAGAUUGAACAAAUUUUAAGCUUGAUAUUUAUUCCAUCUGCCAGAUUUUAUUUUUUUUGAUAAUUAACCAAUUUGUUUUUGGUUUGUGAUGUGUUACAGAAUGAUUUUUUUUGUUUUUUUCUUUUAUCUAAAAACAAGUACUAAGUUAUUUCUAAGUGCUGACCAUUUAUUUAUGAUGUUUUUAAAAAAAUGUUAAAGUGCAGAUUUUAAACUGGCAUGUAAUUACUACAUGUGUAUUUAAUUGUAAAGUAAUAUUAAUGUCAGAGACUGCUGAAAUUUUUCCUUUAUCUUUUUGUACUGAUUUUAACUAGAGAAAGACAUAUUUAUAUGUAUAUCUGUAGCAAUUAUUUUAGAUUGUUUCAAGAUGUCCGAUAUUACAUUUCUUAACUAUACUUCUUUUAUGAUUCCCCAAUAAAUAUAUAUUUACUUUUUUUAUCAUUUCAAUGCCAGAAUGAACAAAAAAUAACUGAAAAAGAUGUAUCAAAUUUUCAGAAAAUCUUAGACAAUCAUGCACGAGUUUACCAAAAAUACACUGAAAUUGAUUAUUGUCUGAAUGUGUCUGACUAUGAGGAAAUGAAAGAUUGCAAUGAUGUGUGUGGUGAAGUGUGGAGCUGAGCUUGAUGCUUAGGGACUUGUGAAAAAUUUUAGGGAAUUUUAAUACGAGAUUGUCAAAUAUUUUGAGCAAAAUUCCAGAGAAAUAAAAAUUGUUGUAAUAAACUAA